CACAAACACACACACAAAUGCAUGCACACAAACACUCCAUCAGGCACUUUUCACAACUCACAAGUCUUUGCAUGCGUCACACAACGUAAACACGCACAGGAUUUUCCUUAUGUGCAGUACUUGCUGUAUUUCCUUUCCUGAAUGUAACUUGAAGGUGAUGACAUUGCUUGGAAAUAACCUCAGCCAAAUAAGUUGGAAGAGCUUUGACUUGCGCCAGCCUGCGGGUAAAUAUGGCUGUGGGUCAAGCUGUCGACAUGAGUUUGAUGGACAUCUCCAAGAUCUUCUCACUGCUGCAGCCCAAGGAAGACAAUGAAGGCAACGAGCUGAGCCAAGCCUUGAACAAUGCCGUGAGCAGUGACAACGUCAUUGUUCUGUCGAAACUUCUUUCUCAGGAGAGUUACAGGAGGUCUAUCAACAUUCGAAGCGGGUGGGGGGUCCCCGUCACCCCCUUGCGGACUGCUGCUACUCUGGGACACCUGAGGUGCCUGGAGCUCCUACUGGAGCAUGGAGCAGAGGUAGACAGCCUGGACGUGAAGGCCCAGACGCCAUUGUUCACAGCUGUUAGUGGCAAGCAUCUGAACUGCGUGGUGGCUCUGCUGAAGGCCGGAGCCGACCCAAACGGCAGCCAACACAACAACUGCUCACCGGUGCUGACCGCUGCUCGGGAAGGGGAUGCGGACAUUCUCCAGGAGCUGCUCCGCUUCGGAGCAGAGGUGGACGUUCGACCAAAAGUACCAGAUUGGGCGUCUAAUGCUACAGCAUGCAGAGGGCCACUUUAUAUCUCGGCAGUGUAUGGACAUCUGGACUGCUUUAAACUCCUCCUCCUCCAUGGAACUAACCCCAACUAUAACUGCACAGAUGAGAAGAUGCUGGCACGAAUAAAGCAGCCGAAGACUGUGCUGGAUGUGUGUUUGCAUUACGGUUGCGGCGUGGAGUACAUCCAACUACUUAUAGACUUUGGAGCAGAUGUGUAUCUGCCUACAGUCAUCACUGACAAGACAACAAAGCAGAAUGAAGCCUUGGCUCUGCUGCUCAAGGAGAGGGUUUUCCCCAAACCUCUGAUGUCACAGACACGCCUGGCAAUCCGCAGAUCCCUUCCUUUUGCAAACAAAGAGCCUGCCAUUGACAGUUUGGAGAUUCCUCUCAUCCUGAGGAACUACCUCAAGCACAACACUUAUGAACUCGCGGGAUGCUCCAGUUAGCAUCAGAACAACAACAGCAAUCGUUCUCAUGUCAGUCUUGUUUAGGAAGUCCACCUUUAAAUUCAAGGUGCGGACUAUAUUGUCAUGUCCCAUCGCUUAUGUAACAAAUAGGGCUGUCAAAGUGGAAGCGUUAACUUCAAAUCAUUUUUUAAAAAAUGAACUCAGUUAUCACAUUUUACUUCCUAUGGCGGCCAAUAAUCUCUACUUAGGUGUACAGCCAAACUUAGGCUACCGCGCGGCCAUGUACAAACACGGCCUGCAAAUAAUUUUACUCAGGGUCAGGGUCAGUGGGGAAGUGCACAGCCAUUCCAAUUUACAAAAAGACUCGCGUUGUCAGAAACUUCUCGUGUACUUUGGCCAGUUCACGCGACUCUAUUCUUUCAAUUGAAAAGUAGACAGUUUUUGACAGACCAGGUACCAAAAGCACCGCCCACCACUUUAACGAAUGCAUGAGGAAACCACAGUAUCUGGAAAAAGCACAAACAUGCAAGAACGAGGAGAACAUGCAACCUCCAUAAAGAAAGAUUGACAGUCAAACCCCAAACCUCACAAUCGUGAGGCAGACAUUGUAACUGAACAAGUGCUUCGCAACUUUUUACACCAAGUACCACCUAAAAAUAUUUUUUAGCUCUCCAAGUAUCAUCAUCUUGAUUACAGAAGCGCAGUACUGUAGGCCCAAGUGUCAAUGAAAAACCAGGCUGAGGCUUCCAUCCGAAAUAGAAUUUCUGUAAUAACAUUGUAACCCUCUGUAACCAUCUGCACAGUUAAUAUUAAUCCAAAUUACAUCUUACAUAAUGUGUGAGUGGGGCUGGGGCAAUUGUGCAAAUUAAAAUGUAUCCUUAAAAGUUAAGUACUACUUAAUUGUACUUAAAUGCACUGUACUGGAUUUACAGUCAUUAAUGCACAGUUAGGACAUUGAAUUAAAGUACAGUAAUCCCUCGCUAUAACACGGUCCAUCUUUCAUGGCUUCGCUGUUUCACAAAUGUUUUUUCGUGCAGUUUUACGUACAGUAGACUAAUAUCAACAGUCUCAGACUUUUUGGAGAAUUCAAUGUUGGAACAAUUCGAAGAGGACCUUUUCUGUCCCAAUCCAAGGCCUGGUCCACGAAGCCAUGGUUAGAUGAGUUUGGUAUGGAGGAACCCAAGAAGUGCUGGGCCAUAAACCCAUUUAACGGACUUUGAGGCAGAUCUUCUUGUUCAACACAACACUCUUAUGGAUAAAUUGGCCACACACAAUCCCAAAAAGCUUGGAUUAGUUCAAAUGCAGAUCCCAUGUUUUCCGUUUUGAUUUAAAGAUGUCCCUGCACUUUAAAAAAGACAAACGCUUUUCAUCUGUGCAGUAUGUUGCACAACAGCACAUUUGACAAUAAAGUUGUAGUUGAUUUGAAUUGACUUCCACGUCCUUGCGAAGUGUAACACCAGUGAUGAGCGUUAGAGGUCGCAGUUGCGCCACUCAAGGAUCACUUUUGGGACUGGCCAAAGGCAGUGAAGCUGAUCUAUUUUCGGUUCGUCUUCUGUCACCCUUUGCCAUAUCUUUAGAUUUUGCAAGUAUGGUCUCAUUCAUAAACAAUGAAAUCCCUUCUUAUAACGAGUCACAACUAGAGCAAACCUCCCGAAAACAGACACCCACGCCACAUCACGCCAGGAUGUCUUAACAUCUCGCCUGAAAAACAGUCUUGCAUGCGGACUUGAAAAGGAGAAAAAGAUAAGCAGUCGGCUGAGAGAUGUAGUUGCAUAAGUGUCAUUACUUAUUGAUGGCAGCAUAGUUGCUAUCUGCACUUUUUUGCCGCCCCCCACCAACCACCUGCCCCCACACUUGUCAGCAGCAUCACCCUGAUGAGGUCAGCGAAUACUUGCCAACAGGGGCAUAGCGGCUAAUUCAGAAAUGUGUAGUGUGUGGGACGAGGGCAAUAAUUGUUCAGGACUACGCCACCAUUUUUGAGACAAUCUUCGAGCAUUCAUUCUAUCCAAAGAAAAUCAAACCGAAAAAAAUACUGAAAAAAAAUGUAGCGAGAAAAUUAAAAGUCCAAUGGUAACAGUCAACAACAAAUCAAAAUCAGCAAAACAUUGCCAGCAAAAUUAUUGCACACAAAAUGUAAAGGAAAGUAAAAGGUUUUGAAUCGUUUCACACACACACAAACAGUUAGAAAUGCCAUGUAAUCAUGUCAAAGGACAGUAAAUGUAACACAAAGCACUAAGUCACACACAAAUGACCGACACCAUUCUGUAGAGGUUUUAUUGUCAACAAAAGUACAGCUAUACCAGAUAUGGAUUCAUUUUGAUUUAUUUAUUAUUCAUUUAUUUAUACAGCGAAGUACAACAUAUUCCCAGUGCUUCUGAAUACACCAAAACAUAUAAUGUACAUACAGUUGACAUCUCCACUCUCCCAUUCACAGUUUCUGGAUUGAAUAGGCAUUAUUUUUUUAUUUCUACAUCAAAUAAUCAAACUCAAAAUGCCA